UUCUGUGUCGUUUCAAGUAUCCGUUUCUCUUCUCAAAGCAAUAAAAUGUAAUUCACUGCGAGAUGGAUCCUUCGGACAAAGUAACGGUCAAGAAAAAAGGUGCCGUAAAGAAACCCGCCAAGUCCAAGAAGACGAAGAAACCGAAAAAGAAAAAGGAUCCCUUCGGAACGGUCCGGCUGUUGAAGGGCAGUCUCCUGUAUCAGACAAAGGAGUUCUUCGAAAAUUCCACCCUUCAUGGAGUGCGCUAUAUCGCUGAGGAGGGGCGACCCUUUUUCGAGCGAUUCAUGUGGUUUAGCUUCGUGGCCACCGGGGCCGUCGCGGCCAUCGUCAUCAUUUUCAGUCUGUGGGAGAAGUUCCAAACCAAUCCGACCAUCACCGGGCUGGACACGGAUUUCCACAAUCAGGAGGUGAUUUUCCCAACGGUGAUGGUCUGUCCGGAAGUGCCCUAUGACGAGAAGCAAGUUAGCGAGGUGGCCCUGGUAACGCUGGCCAACUACGAAGCCGGAUCGGAACAGUAUGAACCGUUUCUGAAGCUGUUGACUCAGAUGUCGUAUGGAGUGCUGGACAAGCUGGUGGCCCUGGGCAGUAAUAUUUCGGACACGAAUGGGCUGGUUAUGAAGUCGCUGCAGAACUUGCGGAAGCUGGUUUUCAAAAUGGCGAUUGGUUGUACGAAAACUUUCGUCGACUGCCGGUAUAAGGACGAGCCGAUCGAUUGCUGUGCGUACUUCAAGCAGGUGUAUUCGGAGCAUGGGUUUUGCUACUCGUUCAAUGCACGAUAUGUGUCGAAUCAGGAUGUAGAAGAGCGCACCACUAAGGUCAACUUCCUGUACGAAACGGAUAAAAAGUGGGGCCUCACGUUCAAACCGUCCCGCCGGUCGCACAUCUUCGUCCACUCGUACAACGAAAUCUCCGGCUGGGACUUCCGGCCGCACGUCGAGUGGGAGGAAAACUUCGCCAUCGACUUCCUCAUCUCGAUGAAGGAAACCUACACCACCGAGGACGCCCGGCAGCUCUCCACCGGACAGCGCAAGUGCAUCUUUCCGGACGAGGUCAAACUAAAGUACUACUGGGACGAUUACACCUUUUCGGGCUGCAUGAAGGAGUGCCGGAUGCAGAAGUGUCUCCAGUACUGCAAGUGCAUUCCUCCGUUCUAUGCCCCGCCGGUUUCGCUGCCGUCCUGUACCGUCAAGGAGCUGGCGUGUUUGGACAAGUACGUGGCAAACAUCACCAGCAUCAGCGGAUGCCAGGACUGCGAACUGGGUUGUCACAAUACGGUGUACGACAUCGAGAAGUAUUCCAAAUCAUUGAUCUCCGACGGCAACAAGGAUGCGGUAGUAACGAUCGAGUACCUCACGUGGCCCAUCAUUCGCUACAAGCGCGAAGUCCUGUUCGGUUGGGUCGACCUUCUGGUAUCAUUCGGUGGUAUCGCAGGUCUCUUCUUGGGCUUCAGUCUCCUGUCUGGGGUAGAGAUCAUCUACUUCUUCACGAUGCGUGCCUGCUGUAUGUUGUACAAAAACCGUGAUGAGCUCAUCGCCAUCGAGCAGAAGCAGCUGAAACAACCUCAGCAUCGGUACGAUCUCAGUCUCAAACCGGAUCUAGGAAAUCGAAUUCAGGCUUCGACUCCACCCGAACCACAGCCCGAAGGUCUGACCAAACGAUCGUUCAACAACAAGCAAGUCAUAACGGUGGGAUUGAUCCAGCAGGAGUUCGAAGCCGUUAAGAUACCCAACAGUAAAGGAUUGAUUUUGGCCGGACCAGCCAAACCGUACAUGUCCCGGUACGAACGGAUUGCGAACUUGGCCAGGCCAAACCAGUUUCGACGGAUUAUGGUGGCACCGUACAGUGAGAGGAUCAAGCCGCUAGAGAACAAUGUGAUAGUCGACCCGGGUGGACUGGUCUACAAUGGAUACUUGCCGUAAGUGGCCGGACCAAACUAAAGAUGAAGUUUUUAAACUUAUGUUCCUACAUUUUGUAUU